CCCCAGUCCCGGGGACCGCAUUGUUAAACCUCUGAAGGGUUUUUUUCCCUUUUUUAUUACCCUUUGCUUUGCCAGCAGGCUCUUUCUCGACAUCCCACAACGGGUCCUGAGAGUGGAGGAAAAGGAAUCGUCGAGAAGUUGGGGGUUUCAGUCACGUUGCUGAAGGGAGAGCGACACAGAGAGAGAGAGAGAGAGAGAAAGAAAGAAAGAGAAAUCAAUAGAUAUAAAGGCAGGGGAAGAGUUAAAGAGUCAAGAGCAACGCUGUUCAACCAUGGAGAGUUGAACAGAGCCGGAGGACGCAACGGUGCGGCCACUCUCAACACAGCUCGGGGAUUGAGGCUCAGAACACGGAGUGAAUCGUAAAGAAUGCAAGCUGAUGGCCUGUCUAACCCAGUGAGAAAGUUUCCGCACUGCCGGAAGGGCAAUAUUUGCCGAGCCUGAGCAUGCAUCUUUGAGUGUGCAAACUAAAAGCAUCACUUUAGUUCUUUCUCUCUUUUUUUGGUAUAUUUAAUUCUCCGAUCCGUGCGUCGGUUCCCCGAGACUUCUGUUCGCCGCACACAAGCGAGAGACUCCGAGAGAGGCAGGAGAGCGAGGGUGAAGUUUCCCAAUGCUGCAGGUUUAUCCGAAGGACGCACUUUCUGAAUAACAAAAAGCUGAACUUUUAAACCCCGCGUCCCACGGGGUUGAGGUUUGCUGCAGCAUUUCGCCGCCGCGUGACUGUAGACCCAGCACGGCUGAUUUUUUAAAAACCCAUCAAGUGGUUGACGGGACUAAAUGCAUGACAUCAGUUAAGCAACAGUGGUUUCAGAAGUGAUCCUCUAAGAGUGCCUUCAACAACUUUCUAUUCCUCCCAGACUGACACACCACUAUGUUACUGAAAGAAUACAGGAUCUGCAUGCCUCUCACUGUGGAAGAGUACAGGAUAGGACAGCUGUACACCAUCAGCAAGCACAGCCAUGAACAGAGCGACAAGGGCGAAGGUGUGGAAGUGGUUAAGAAUGAACCCCAUGAAGAUCCCGUUCAUGGAAAAGGCCAGUUCACCGAGAAGAGGGUGCAUUUGUCCAGCAAACUCCCUAGCUGGGCUAGGGCGGUGGUACCCCGAAUAUUUUAUAUAACAGAGAAGGCAUGGAAUUACUAUCCUUAUACAAUCACAGGUAAGGAGAAUUCCAGAUGUUCUGCUAUUGAAACCAUUCUUAAACUGGAGGUCAAGCUGCAUUCUGCAGAGAUAGAGAUUAGCUUUAUUUGUCACAUGUACAUCGGAACAAACAGUAAAAUGCACCAUUUGCGUGAAAUCAAAUCAGUGAGGAUUGUGCUGGAGGCAGCCCGCAAGUGUUGCCACGCUCCUAGCACCAGCGCAGCAUGUCUACAAUCUGACCAUACAUCUUUGGAAUGUGGGAGGAAACUGGAGCACCUGACGGAAACCCAUGUAGUCAUGCAGAGAACAUACAAAUUCCUUAUAGACUGUGGCAGGAAUCAAACACUGAUCGGUGAUCGCUGGCAGUGUAAAGUGAUUAUUCUAACUGUAAUGCUACCUUGCCCCCCAAAUUUCACUCAUCAGCAGAAACUAAAGAAUUUUUGGAUUUGUCUUCGCUUCCCUUUUCCACGGCCUGCUAUCCUUAACUGCAAUAGGAGAUGCGCUUUCUUCAACUUAGAAAACACUAAGCAAGAGGAAAGCAGGUUUCUGUCUAAUAAGUUCCUUGCAUCUGGCACAAAGGAGUUUCCAAUAAGAGCAAGAAUUUGAUGUGUUUGGCACUUUUGACAAUCUGAGGAACUUUAAGAAAAGACCAGUGCACCGUUUCUUGAAAGAUCAGUUACAACACAGUUAGACAAUAGAGAAUAGGUGCAGGAGUAGGCCAUUCGGCCCUUCGAGCCAGCACCACCAUUCACUGUGAUCAUGGCUGAUCAUCUACAAUCAGUACCCUUUUCCUGCCUUCUCCCCAUAUCGCUUCACUCCACUAUCUUUAAGAGCUCUAUCUAAUUCUUUCUUGAAAGAAUUCAGAGAAUUGGCCUCCACUGCCUUCUGAGGCAGAGCAUUCCACAGAACCACAUCCCUCUGUGUGAAAAAGUUUUUCUCAACUCCGUUCAAAUUGUCUACCCCUUAUUCUUAAACUGUGGCCUCUGGUUCUGGACUCCCCCGACAUCGGGAACAUGUUUCCUGCCUCUAGCAUGUCUAAUCCCUUAAUAAUCUUAUAUGUUUCAAUCAGAUCCCCUCUCAUCCUUCUAAAUUCCAGUGUAUACAGUUAAAAGAGGAACUGUUCAAUAACAUGUGGUUUGCUUUGUUUUUACUUGGUCAGCUGGAGGAUGAGGUUUCACGUGACACAAAGACUGCAGACGCAGGAAUCUGGGGCAACAGACCAGCGGCUGGAAGGACUCAGAGGGUCAAACAGCAUCUGUGGUGGGAACGGAAAUGCUGAUGCUUUGUCUUGAAACCCUGCAUCAGAAUGGGAUUUGGCCCAAGAUGUCAACAAUUCCUCUUCCCCACAGAUGCGGCUCCACCCUGAUGAUUGGCUCCAGCAGUUAGUUUCUUGUUCGAGAUUUCAUGUAGAGCCUAUCAACCUCUGCUUUUGUUACGUACCCCGUAACUGGGUUGCCAAACCAGCAGAAAUGGAUCACUCAGUUGGAGUCUGGAGUACUAGAACUAAGAAAGUUUUAUUAAAGAAACAAGCAACACAUUAAUCGAAAGGAUGAUAAAUGCAACAGUUCAGCGAUGAUAAACGCACAUGUGCACAGAAUUAAGAUAACAGCAUCAAUCAAGCUCUAUCGUUGUCUAGGGGUAAAUGACCAAUUUCAAAAUGACUCAAAGUUCAGUCCAGUUAGUAGUCCAGUUCGCAGUAAUCGUUGCCAUGGCGAUGGACAAGGUGGGAGAAGAGAGACAUAGAAUAGGAACAACUGAUCAUUCAGAACGGCUUCACUCACAGACCAGCGAGAUGGCUCACAAACAGCAUUUGAGCGGGUCCUUGGUGAUGUCACCUGAGGUCACCGACUGUGACCCCUCCUCCAGAUGCGGUCGAUCCUCUGCAGUGAACCCGGCACCCAGGCAAGGGCGGACACACACCGGGUUCCCGCUGAUCGUACCUUUCCACCCUUGUCGUUGUCUGGCACUUCUCACCCACUCGUGAGAGGCGCACCGCUUCCAGGGUCUCGUUACCUCGGGUGGCGUGUG